AUGAAGAAGCACGGGCCAAGCUAAAUCGUCUCCAAUACACAUCUGACAUCACCAGUGGCCCUGACGAAAACACACGAAAGAGAAAGAGGUGUCCACCACAACGCUACUUGACAGAAUCGUCUGAGGAAGAUGUCGCAGACAAAUUUCACCUUUGGCCUGUUCGCUUUUCAACAACAAAGAGAAGGCGUACACGCCCCCUGCUUUCGGAGUCAAGUGAUGACUCUUUCUCUGUUCCUGAUCCGCCCCCCAUCCCUGAAACAUUUCCACAAGCAAUCUCAACAACAUACGAAGACCAGAAUCUUUCUCUGCCCUUUGAUGACACCUCUCAACAACAGCUACAACUGAGUCGCAUGUCUAAUCCAGGGUCCUUUACACCUUCAGCUGUUCCAUCUCCACUCACCGAGACUCAGCAACCGAGAGAGGUGUCUCGACAGAGGCGACAGCUUAGGCAGCAGUCUUCCGGAGACGAAUUCCAGGAACAAGUCCUCAGGACCCUCUACAUGGUGCGCGUGGCCCAACAGCAGCAUGGUGACGUGCUUCAAGAACUGUGCAGCCACAAAACGCAUUCUGAAGAUGAUGCUCGCCCAUCCCCUGCACUCAUUGCUUCCCCGUUCGGAACAUCAGCCCAGCUUGAAGAGUUUAAUUCAUCGCUAAAUGAGAACAAAAAGGAAUGCCUUGUCAAAGAGGUAGCCCAACUUGCAGGAAAUGAAGUGGGGGCAGCAACCCGAACAAUUUUGCAGUACCUGAUGACUGACGAAGUUCCAACUGAAUACAGUUGGAAAGGUCAAAAGGGGAAAAGGAAGUUCUGCCUUCUUCAUUUUCCUGGAGUGAUUGUUCAGGCAAUAAGGAGGAACAAAAAGUUGACAAGUGCAACGAAAGACGAAGUCGAAGGUGCCAUAAAAAACUGGUUACGCCAUGCCACUGAGAGGGUUAAUGCAAAAGCUCCACGUUGACAGAAGAGACUGCCAUGAGAGCGUGAACUCAAAAGCUCCACGUUGACAGAAGAGACUGUCAUGAGACCGUGAUAAGACUGUGAUAU